GCCGGCCGCCACGGGCAGACUGCGUGCGCAUGUGCGCCAUUGUAUCGUAUAAAUUAACAGGUGUUUAUCGUGCGGCUCAGAGACGAUUAGUCUGCUGUGAAUCGAGUGUCAUCGUAAAACCCUGGAUUAUCGGCUUAACCGCUCUUGGGAGAUUAGUGGCACGUGGCUGCCUGGCAGGAGGUUCCAACCUGUUCACAAUGAGCUUCUCCAAAGAAAAACACCCUUUAAAGGCAAAGCUUAACCGAUGCUUUAAGAAGUUGAAGCUCCCAUUCAGGAAGAGCAAAAAGGACAACAUUCAAACAUGCACUGAUACACACACAUAUGUGGAAUUUUUUGAAAGAGAUUAUUCAGACUGCGUCGAAGCUUAUUUGAAUUGUCGGCAAAAGAUGUCAGUUGUGUACAAGCUGGAAAACCCAGAAGCAGUACAGGUUGGUCUCUUUGAGUCCAAAGAAAUUGAGUUCCAAGAUGUUGUGACUCUGACUUCUGAUCUGGUGGUAGGUGAGAGCCUUACUGCACUGUCUGAUACAAAUCAGCAUUUUCAGAGAAGCAUCAGAUUUGGAAUUGCAGAGAAUGAGUUGUCCUUGGAUGAUUCUAAGAUGGCAGGAUGUGUCCAAGAGGAGGGGAGUAUUGCAAAGACAUGUCUUGGUGAGGAUGAGAAGUUGUCUGAGGGUGACUUUAGGAUGGACGGAGAAUGCAGCCAGAGAGAGGUGGGUGUUGGAGAAGUCAAAGAUGAUUGGUACCUUCCCGACUGUUCAAUGUCAACAUUGUAUCAGGAACCAAAUCAGGUCUUGAUGUUUUCUUCGUGGUGGUUGAUGAGUGUUUGCCUGUCUUCCAAAAUGGUGAUUUCAGUCAGUUGGAUUGAGGUUUGGUCAGGUUUCCUUGAGGCCACUGCCCAUAUGGAGACUGGAACUCAAGGAUCAAUUUGGAAAACUGUAGAAUCAUCCAAGGAAAAGGUACUGACAGCAUGGGCAGGGAAUUCUACAGCUGUUGCAAGCAAUCUCCGAUCCUUGUCCGAGGGAGAAAGUCAAGAUACCCGGCCUAAGUCAGUUUUACCCUGGAAAGUUCUUUCCACUUCCCUUGAGCAUUCCAGUCAAGAACCACAGCAGAGUUUGACUCGUGCAAUGUCACCAGUCUUGCCAGACAGCAUACCCCCACCUGUGUUUUCUGGACAGAAAGCAGGCUCUCAGGGGAGAGAGAAAAACUCAAAGAUGACAAGCAGGGGGCCAAAGAAGACAGCACAGAGAAAGUCCAAGAAGCAUGAAGCAUGGGAAAAGAUGAAGAAGCAUCCUGUCCAGCCAGAAGGUGGUUGCUCAUCAAACCAGACAUCCAAGGGUCAACAGAAAGGUCAAACAGGUGGAACAAAGCGGCAGACAUCCAAUUCUGCCGAGAGGGUUACAUGUAACUCCAGGUCGGGUUUCUCCAACGUCGGAAGGACAGGGGCAUCUGGAGGAACAGGUGGGGGGGAACCCCCAGAGGACAAACGGAUGAGGAAGGAUAAGCUGCUGCCUCAGGAUAAACUUGAUGAUAAGGAAGAGGAGAAAGUCCCACUGACAAAGAAAAACUUGGUCAGGAUGGGAAACUUCCUUAGAGACGAUCCAGAUGCGAGUCACACAGGAUUGUUUCUACAGACUGCUACUGAACAAGCUGUUGAGAACCAGCCAUCAACUGUCUCACAUCCUGGCAGAAAAGCCUGCGGCUUAAGGCGCAAUAGACCACCCUCAGACUCUGGUAACAGUUUCCUACAAGCAUUGGCUAAGUUUUCGACUGCAUCUAAGACAUCUUCUCCACGGUCAACCGUUACCCGCACUAAAUUUGGAGCCUACAAUGCCCGGGACAUGUACCAGAGGCCUGCAAGCUCUUUCUCUACUGGAUCUAAGUCACCAUUAUGCUAUGCUUCUGACACGCCCAUUUUCGAUGAGUCUGGAGAGUUCAUUUCAUACUCAUGUCCUGAGCGUCGUCAUAACAAUGCUACAUCCCGGCCAGAGGCUCUGAGAGGUAUGGUUCCAUUUUCAGCUGUGAGCGAUAUUACCUCACAGACUGAUCCAGAAACACCUGCAAGCCAAGAGAUACCAGCAGGGCACAGCCAUGGUCCUCCAUGGCAGGCAUCAGCCAGUCAAGAAAGUCAACUAACAAUGUCAGAUGUGGACUACUUCUCCCUCCUGAAAGAAGACUUGCUGAGGGCUGCCCACCUCCAAGAAGACCCGGAAAAGAUGUCGGAGCUGAUGUUGCUUGCUUUGUCUCUGCCCGAAAAGGACGAUACCAGCCCAGGAGGUGAUUAAGCUCAAAGGCAGCCUUUUGUUGACAGCCGUUGCAUGCAUUUAUCUUGAUUGUAUUGGUGUCGCUGGAAUUGUUUCAGAGGUAGGGGCAGCCCUUGCUGGGGCACACACACCCACUUUCCCAGCAACAAGAGAUCGAGCAUGUACAACGUACAGCACUUGAACUCGCAUGGCUUGGCUUAACUGGCUUUCUCUAUCAUCCAGAACGCAUUUCUUGUUCUGCUCCUUUGUACUCAAAUGUUCACAUUGUCAAUGUCUUUGUAAGACUUUCACCAAUAAUGUUCAUGUGAAUCUACGCCAUCAGGAUUUGUUUACAUUCUGCCAUCUUUCUGAUCUGCCCAUACACAAGCAUUGUUUCAUUCUCCUCUGGGGAAAUUCCUCCCUGUAGUGUCCCCAGAAUGGAAUUCCUUACCACCACAUCAAAGACUGCUGUUAUUGAUUCCUCCAACAGUUCCUUAGGACCUUAAAGUCGUCGCUUUUUACCGAAUGCAUAAUUCCAUCUGUUGCUUCACUGGCUGUCAGUUCCCUGUUGGGCCAUUACUUCUUAAGCAGGUGCUGCAACUGCAGGUAGCAGUACUUAAUUCUACUUUUGCAGUCACUAUCUCUAACCCACAUAACAGUCGUGAGUCUUCUCCUUGUAUUCGGUUGUUGUUCGCCUGUGGUCCCCGCAUCUGCCUAUGUUGUUGUUUGUUUUCUUUGUUCCGCUUUGUAAUUUUGUUUUUCUUGUUUUGCUUGUAUGCACACUGUUAAACUCUGUUAUUUUGUUUUGGUCGAAUAAACAAUAAAAACAAAGCACUCAUCAGCUAUAAACUGAUCAACCAUUGACAGUCGGGAGGGGUAAAUCUUUGAUAGGUUGCAUUCCCCAUCAUCUUCAUCUUCGUUUCUUUUACUUUUUGCCUUCAAUUUUUUUUCAGAGGAUGGGCAAGUGCUACCCUCUUGCCCCCUCUGCCUUGCAACCCCCUUACUUCUCCACCCGUGACCCUGUGUUUAAUUGUAAGGUAUCGUGUUGUAAGUGAAAUCAUGUAGAAUGUUCAGAUUCAGUAGUCUAUUGUACUCUUCACAGAAAGGGAAAAAAGUAAUUUUUCUUUGUCCAGAUGAUGCACAGACCAAAUGUUUGCAGUUGAAGCUGUGCUUAUAGCAAAGUAAAUAACUUUCAUGUUUGUAGUUGUGCACAUACUGGGCAGCUGUGAUAGGAAGUGUUGUAGUCAAGCUCCUUACAAGGCCAUCCUCAAAAGUCAUCCGGUCUUAAACUAAGAUUUCAAAGAUGACCAAAACAUUCCCUUAAUGUUGUUCUCCCUCUUACUUAAGACUUGUUUCAUAAAACGACUUGUGACUGGACUUGCCCUCAACACUGGUGAUUUGAGCCCUGAGAAAUUUCUUUUUGAACUUUCUGUACAUAAAUGUUGCCAGAGUUUUUGUCUUAGUUAUUUUCUUAGUACUUUGUAAUCUUAGAAAAAAGUGCUGUAAACGUUAUUCUGUAAGUUGGAGAGAAUUCCAUACCUUAAAUCAAUUUGAUACUCAGUGCACAAACCGCAAAAGAGUGAUCAGAAAAAAUUGCAGGGGGUUUCUAAGUGUUUCAAAACAGAUUUAACUUUUUUGGGGUGGUACUGCUCAUAAUCAAUAUGUUACAACUCUCUA